ACAAACCCCAAGUCAAGGUAGAGUCACGUCUUCUUUUACUAAUUUCAAUCCCUCACUUCUUCUUAUCUGUCUCUCUUGGAAGCUCAAAACAAACCUGUUUCUAUAUCGUUCUCUCCGAUCCAAUCAGAUCAUUUGCGGCUGAGUUCAAAUGGCAGGGAAUCGAUGGAUCAGGCCUGAGGUUUAUCCUCUGUUCGCUGCCAUGGGAGUUGCCGUCGGUAUCUGCAGCUUCCAGCUUGUCCGCAACAUCUGCAUCAACCCUGAAGUCAGGGUUAACAAGCAGAACAGGGCUGCCGGAGUUCUCGAGAACUUUAAAGAGGGAGAAAAGUAUUCUGAGAACUUCCUCAGGAAAUUUGUCCGAAACAAGACUCCUGAAAUUAUGCCAUCCAUCAACCGCUUCUUCACAGAACCCAACUAAAAUGAUUGCUGCUUCUUGUUCUAAUAUUCUGAACAAAUGUUGGAUACAAUGUCUACACUUCAUUGUGGCUGUUUGUGAUAUAAGUUAAGUGGUAGCAUUUUGGAUGUCUUUGAACUGAAAAUAAACUCUGGACGGGUUACGAACUUGUUUUACCUUGCAAUGAAUUAAGACUUCACCCUCAGAAUCAGAAGCACUGAAUUCUGAGUUGAUGUUUUA